AUGAACGGGCCGGCCUCCUCGUCCUCGCCAGCGGCGAACGGCCGGCCGAACCGCCCCCUAGUCGUAAAAGCGGGGUACGACGGGGCGACGCGGCGUGUGCAGUUCCCGAGCGCUGCAACCGCACGCCUCGAAAGCCUGCACAGCAGAAUCGAAGAAUGCUUCUCGCUCUCGGCAUGGCCGUUUUUUCUCUCGUACGUCGACGAUGACGGGGAAGAGUACUCUGUCCGGACAGAGGACGACCUGACGGAUGCGAUCGCGUAUUUUGUUAGCGGCGACGAUGACCAUUCGUCUCUCUACUCUCGCUCGGGCAUCAACAUCCCGCCAUCAAAGAUCACGCUCCGACUAGACGUUGUGGUAGAGUACGACGGUCCCUCUCUCAGCGACACUAGCAGUAUCGCCUCCUUCCCGACAAGUGAUGGAAGCUCCUUCAUGAGCCGCCGCAGUGGCCUCAGCUCCGACUCUCGCCUCAGCGACCCAUACACCGCUCACUCUGGCUCGCACGGCUACCGCGCUGAUCCCAACCGGCUAAGCGACUACUCGCGCUCUGACUACACCGAGCGAUACGAUCCACGGUACUACGCUGCGUCGCGGCGCUCAUCAGCGACGUCGGGAACGCAGCGCCGACCGGUCGUCGAUCGCGAGCUUGCCUCCGUCACCGACAGCUUCGAGAGCGCCGUGAUCGACGACGGCGCUUCAGCCUUGACGACGAGCACAACGCCGAACUUCACGCAGAGCGAGCUUGGAUCGCGCUGGCUGCGGGAGCAGAGCCAGAUCGCCUCCCGCAUGCCGCGACUGCGGCUGCGCCGGCGCGAAUUCGAGGACGGCGAUCCGGACCCAGACGCCAGCGACGAGGAGAUCGGCGACAUUUCGCUCGUAAGAGACGCGAGAGGGCGACCAGGCAAGCAUUGCCGACAGCGCGAGCCUGCGCAGCGUCCCACCACCGGUGCCGCCGAAACCGGAAGGAGAUGCUGGACCACCGACUCUCGCCCCCGACUGCAGUGCUUGCGGACUGCGCCUAGAGUACAUGCGUCUGCGCCCGACAAUCGCCUACGGCUCGCUGCGCGCGUGCCCCCGCCGUCAAUACCGUCUGACAGCGACGGCAGCGACUCGACGGCAUGGGGACCAGCUCCCGUCCCCGGCGCUCCAGGUGACUCGAGUGCGUGUUUAUUACAGCCCCGCUCCCGCACCGCAUCGAUGAGCACGACUUCCAGCUCGCUCAGUAUAGCAGUCACGAACGGCUCUGCGUCUUCCCCUACCGCUGCGAGCCCCCGAUUACCUGACGGCGCGGACGAGAUCGGCUUCGAUGAGCGGCAGUACACCCGCAGGGGGUACGAGUUGUGCCCUGGCUGCAUCGAGACGCAUGGCAUCGUGCAUGCAAAAGCGGCAGCAAAGGGGAAGAGUAGGGACCGGCACGGGCGGCGAGUUAGGGGCUUUAGGCAUACGUUCCGGGAGAAGAUCUGGGGUAACGGCAAGUGGGUCGACGUCGAGUACGCCGAGGAUAGCGAGUGCACCAUCUGCCGCACGCCGCUGAUGCAUAACCGCUUCAAGUGUGUCUCGUGUUCCAAGUUCGACCUCUGCCGCUCGUGCUACCAGAAGGUCGAGGAGAUUCAUCCCGUGCACGCCUUCUUAUCGUUGCCGGAUAAGCACGUUGUGCCCGCCCCGCCGCGAGUCGCGGAGACCCGGCCGCCGAGACACCACGGCGCGUUCUGCCACAAUGUGUCCGUCAUGUGCGAGGGCAUCGGGGCUGCCGGUGACGGCUCGCACACAGCAGAUCACAUCAUGAUCAAACUAGCGCGGAGGUUGAGGCUGCCUCCCGCCGCGCGCGCGACCGCUGGUUUCUGCAGGACAGUGCUUCUGUCGCCCAAGCCCAACCGCCGGGCUCUGAGCGGUCCAGCUCGCCAGACAACGAGACAGUUGCGCCAACUGCCCCAGCCUCCCCACGGCGUACAACCUCUGCUCGGUUUGCGAGUUACGCAGCUAUCGUAUCCACGACCCGCGCCAUGUGUUCUUCAAGUUCGACCGGCCGGUGCAUGUGCCGCUGGCGAGUCCACGGCCGCUUCUGCCGCUGCUCCUAACGUCCAGUACAAGAACAAGGUGGGCCAAGUUCCCGCAACUGCGCCGCCGACGCACGACCCGACCGCUUAUCUCAAUGACCAGAUCCGCGGCGUGUGGCUGCGGUGCGCGCACUGCGCGGCCGGCUUCGACAUGUGCGCCGACGCGGAGCAGGUCGCGGACCACGAUGUGACGCACGUCUUUGUCGUGUUCAAGGCGAGGGUGGACAUGACGCGGUUCCGCCAGUUGGCGGACCUCGCGGCGACGCACUCGAAGCCCCUCCUCAACCAGCAGGUGUAUCUCAGCUAA